AUGUUCCUCCCGCCCGUCCAUGCUGAACAGGACACUGCUGUCCUGUUCCAAUUCAUCCGCGAGAAUCCCCUAGGGAUGCUCAUCACGGGAAUAAAAUCCUCCCAAGAAUCCUUACAGUGCACCCAUGCUCCUUUCAUCCUGGACCUCCCGGAGGAAACCACCGGCUCCCCACCGCAGGGCCGUCUCCGCGCACACAUUGCUAAGCAAAAUCCGCAAGUGAAAGGCAUGAUGGAGGAACUCGUGAGCAAGCCCAAUAUACUCGAGCUUGAAGAUAACGUACUUGUGGUGUUCAAUGGUAAACAUAACUCCUACGUCACACCCAAAUACUACAUCGAAACCAAGCCAGACACGGGCAAAGUCGUCCCCACAUGGAACUACUCUGCCGUCCAGGUCUAUGGCAAGCUCUCUCUCUACUAUGACUCGAAGACUCCCGAGGCAGGCGCUUUUCUAGCCAAACAAAUCGACGAUUUGUCACAGCAUACCGAGAAGCUCAUGGGGCAUACGGGCGGCGAGAACCCGCAGCCGUGGAAAGUGUCUGAUGCGCCGGAGAAAUAUAUUGAGUUGAUGCAGCGGAACAUUGUUGGCAUUGAGAUUCGCAUUGAGAAAGUCCAGGGGAAAUUCAAGAUGAGUCAGGAGAUGAAGCCUGGUGACCGGGAGGGUGUGGUGGCAGGAUUUGCGCGGAUGGGCGGCGACAAUGCGGAGGGAAUCUCGAACUUGGUUAAGGAAAAGGGAGCCCUGCAUGACUCAAGGGCGCAAAAGGGAUAG